UUUUCUAACCAUGUUUGUCACGAUAUUUCUCGAUAGUAUUUUGUGAUCCCGUUUCCUAAAGAAUUGUGCAAUAAUAAUUAAAAACAAUUAUUCCUGUAUAUAGAUAGAAAUAAAAUCGCAGCAAAAUGUGGAAAGGAUUGAGAUUAACACAUUCUCAACUAACUCAGUUAACAAAAUUUCAUCAUAAUGGACCGAAAUUUCAACCAGUCGGUGUUCCAGCGAUAGAUUCUGUUUUGAACCAGUGGUACGAAUUCUGCAAUAAGCCGCCUAAAGGGUUUGAAAAAUAUUUCCAGCCAGGUUCUAGUCAAAAAUCUAAAACUCCAAGUGAAAAAGAAGCACCACCUGCGCCUUCAAAAGGUGCACAGCCUUCUCCAAAACCAAGUUCACCACAAGACAAAUGGAACAUGAACAUGUUUAGUAACUCUAAUAGUGGCGGCAAUCGCAGUGGCUACGAAGGCCAGGACAAAGAAAAAUGGAUGCUGUUUGGUGCAAUGGGUAUUGUAGGGAUACUAGCAUCCAUCGCAUAUUUUGAGCUGCGCUACAGAGAAAUCAGUUGGCGAGACUUCGUCAACCUAUACUUACAUAAAGGCACUGUUGAAAAACUAGAAGUUAUCAACAAAAAAUGGGUGAGAGUGAAACUACACCCAGGAGCAGCUCUCGAUGGCAAGGUAAUCUGGUUUGCAAUUGGAAGUGUAGACUCAUUCGAAAGAAAUUUAGAAAAUGCACAAGUUGAAAUGAGUGUUGAACCUCCAAACUUCUUGCCUGUUAUCUAUAAAACUGAGGUAGAGGCUUCAAGUUUAACAGGAAUGCUGCCAACCAUACUUAUUAUAGGAUUUUUAAUUUAUAUGAUGAGAAGAUCAGCAGAUAUGAUGGGCCGUGGGGGCAGAAGAGGUGGUGGCCUCUUUGGUGGUGUCAUGGAGUCUACUGCUAAACUAAUUAAUCCCACUGAUAUUGGUGUUAAGUUCCAAGAUGUUGCUGGGUGUGAAGAAGCUAAGAUUGAGAUUAUGGAGUUUGUGAACUUCUUAAAAAAUCCUCAGCAAUAUAUUGACUUGGGAGCCAAAAUUCCCAAGGGAGCCCUUCUCACUGGCCCUCCUGGUACUGGUAAAACCUUGCUAGCUAAGGCUACUGCAGGAGAGGCAAAUGUGCCUUUCAUCACAGUGUCAGGAUCAGAGUUCUUGGAAAUGUUUGUGGGUGUUGGACCUUCCAGAGUCCGUGACAUGUUUGCGAUGGCUCGUAAACAUGCACCUUGCAUUCUUUUCAUUGAUGAAAUUGAUGCUGUGGGUAGGAAAAGAGGAGGGCGUAGCUUUGGAGGUCACUCAGAACAGGAGAAUACUUUGAACCAACUGUUGGUGGAAAUGGAUGGUUUUAAUACAACAACGAAUGUUGUGGUACUGGCUGCUACGAACAGAGUAGAUAUCCUGGACAAAGCUCUGCUAAGACCUGGCAGAUUUGACAGGCAGAUAUUUGUGCCUGCACCAGACAUCAAGGGCAGAGCUUCAAUCUUCAAAGUACACUUGUCACCUCUGAAAACUACAAUUGACAAGGAGAAGUUGGCUAGGAAGAUGGCUGCACUCACACCAGGUUUCACAGGCGCUGACAUCGCAAACGUCUGCAACGAAGCCGCCCUCAUCGCUGCUCGUGAGUUGGCUCACGACAUCACCAUGAAAAACUUCGAGCAAGCUAUUGAGAGAGUCGUCGCAGGCAUGGAAAAGAAAUCCAAUGUCCUCCAACCUGACGAGAGAAAGAUUGUGGCAUACCACGAGGCUGGCCACGCAGUCGCCGGCUGGUUCCUUAAGCAUGCUGAUCCUCUACUUAAAGUAUCCAUCAUCCCCAGAGGCAAAGGUCUCGGAUACGCCCAGUAUUUACCGAAAGAACAAUACCUCUACAGCAAAGAACAACUGUUCGACAGAAUGUGUAUGACAUUAGGUGGAAGAGUCAGUGAAGAAAUCUUUUUCAACAGAAUAACAACGGGUGCCCAAGAUGACCUGAAGAAAAUAACACAAAGCGCGUACGCACAAAUAGUCCACUACGGAAUGAACCCUAAAGUAGGCAAUGUAUCUUUCGAAAUGCCUCAGCCAGGCGAAAUGGUAAUCGACAAACCAUAUUCGGAAAAGACGGCAGAGUUAAUUGAUUCCGAAGUAAGAGAAUUGAUAAACGCCGCGCACGUGUUUACAACCGAUUUAUUAACGAAACAUAAGGACAAUAUUGCCAAAGUUGCAGAAAGAUUGCUGAAACAGGAGAUUUUAAGUAGAGAGGACAUGAUUGAACUGCUUGGAAAGAGACCGUUCCCAGAAAAGAGCACUUACGAGGAGUUUGUGGAAGGCACGGGAUCCUUGGACGAAGACACGUCAUUACCCGAAGGCCUCAAGGAAUGGAACAAGGAGAAAACAAUAGUACCACCUCCAGAAAGUUUAAAACAGACGUCACCGAAACCAUCUUCGACCACCAAGUAAUAAAAUUAAGCCUUUAUAUUGUAGUUUGAGUAUAGUCAGUUUUACGUGAAAAUAUUUUGAGUACCUUUAAGAUGUAAAGGUAUUUUCUUUGUUGCGUCGUGGACGUUUGAAAAUGACUUAGAUUUGUUUUUGUAGAGAAUGAAAUGAUUAUCUGGGAAUGGUAUCAGCAUUUACUUUCAUCUGUUAUAUUUGCAAAGUGAAGACUUUAGAGAUGAUUGAAACUAACAGUAACCAAUAAUCAAUUAAUAUGUUGAACAUUUUGUAUAGCUACUUCACUGUUGAUGUUUUGUACAAUAAACAAAUUCCAGUCUGCCAGUGUCAUUUUAAUUAUUUUUUUAUGAUGUCGGUUUUAGUUGUAACCAAAAAUCAACUAUCAAGCAUAGUCUUAUUUGCAUUACGCAUAAACGCUGUAAAUUAUUUCGAAAACAAAUUAUUGUCGUUGGCAUGGUUAGAUGCUUAGUAUUUGUGAGUGCUUUGUAAACUGAAUUUAAUUAAAAUACAACUUAGGAAUAAAUUGUAUCAUCUUUUUUGACUAUAAUGUUAAAACUUUAGUUGAAUGAGUGAUAACUGAUGUUGAUUUAUAACAAUAGAUUUUUAUGUUGAA